UGUUGGCAAGGAGAUCCAAAUGAAAGGCCAUGGUUCUCAGAGCUGGUGGAAAUAUUAGGGGACUUACUUCAGGCUAAUGUACAAGAGGAUGGCAAAGAUUACAUACCUUUGAAUACUCUAUUACCAGAGGGUGUUGGGUCUGUUCAUUGCUCUCCAAGUUCCUCUGAUCUUCAUGAGAGAAAAAACAGUUCAGUACCAGCCUUGACUAAUGCACGUGCUGAAAUUUUGGGAAAAUAUGUUCAUGCUUUCAAGAUGAAACCAUUCCACAGAGUCUUUGAAGAAAGUUCAUCUAACAACAAGUUUCAGCCUGAUAAUUAUCAAGCUGAGGGGAGAAUGCCUUUGAAACAGCUAAAACGUUUUACAUGGACUGGCAUCAGACCAAAGCAGACUUUUGGGAGUUUCUACCCUGGAAACAGAAGCAAGGAACCUGUCUUUUUGGACACAGCUGAGCCAAAUGACUACAGUUUAAGUUUUGAUCAUAUCACUAAUACAAUGCAGCCACUUACAUGUAGCAAAAUAAUGUGUGAAGAAAAACUAGUGCAGGGUCUUUCUCCUUCCAGUCUCAAUUCAAUGGUGCGCCAUUCUACUUGCUAAUGUUAAAAUACCUGUCUUUUGAGCUGCCGGUGUCUACCACCACUUAAAUGCAUCAAAUAUUAUUUUGCUGCACAUCAAUUCAUCAUCACCUGGCUCAGUUUCCAAAAAAUAUUUCUAUAAUGCAACUCCCUACAUCAGCAUGUGUGAGCCCCUAUCCAAUAGUUGAAAGUAACAUAAAUAGGAGGACAAAGGGGAUGCCUUAUUUAUUACAAUAAUAAAGGUGGGAGAGAAAUAUAGUAUUUCCUGGAGGGAAUGAAAAUCUUGUGCAUUGAUCUUCCCGAUUCUUAACAUCAGAUUAAUGCUCUGGAUUUCUUUUAUUCAGAUUGUAUUGUGCAACAUUUACUAUUUCAAAAACAGCUGCCAAUCUAAUCUUUUGUAAGGCUGACUUCACACUUUUACUAGUCAUUUGUCC